AUGGAACUGACAACACUUCUCGAACGUAGAAUGCGGGGUGAUCUUAUUGAAGCAUACAAGAUUAUUAACGGACAUGUUAACUAUGGCCAUCAAAUGUUUAACCAUAAUUUGCAUUAUAAUACUCGUAAUUUAUGCAAUGUAUCAUCCUGUAGGACCAGAUUUGCGUUAGAUUGUUUUAGCGUAAGAGUAAUUAAGUAUUGGAACAAUUUACCAAACUCUGUUAAGUAUGCACCUAGUGUAAACGCCUUUAAGGCAGGACUUGAUGAUCUAAAAAGUUAUAACCCGGAUUCUCGUCACGGAUAUUGGUAUUUAUCGCAAGAAAUCUUUAACAGAAUUCCGGAUAAGAAUGACCAUGUUACUUAUCUUAAAUUGCAUCCAGAGGUUGCUAUGCGAAGACGUAUUUCUUGUUUCUAAUUUUUAAUAAUUGUAAUAUAUAUUACUGUAAGAUUUAUAUUUCUGUAAUUUUCUUAGAUGCAUGAGUUGCCCAGAGAGGCAUAAUUAAAUCUUAUCUUAUCUUAUCUUAUCUUAUCUUAUCUUAUCUUAUCUUAUCUGCAAAGUAGGACUUUAAUAGACCCCGCACGAGACAACACGAUAACACCAGGCCCGCCAAGAGCGAGGAGGACAGUGGGGAACCCUAGAUACGAAUAGGAAACUAUCUAACAGUGGGGGAACACUGGAUAAGACGAGAAGCAAAAAUAAGACUACACACUGGGCUAGUGGAAAACAUCUAGCUCCAAGCCGUUUAUACUGGCUCAGUCAUGUCUCGAGAUAAUGAAGCAGUAAAAGCAUUAAUGUAUGGUAAACACUGAGGUAAACACUGAUCAUUGAAGAACUGGGCAUCCUGAACUACGGUUCAAAGACAAGUGCAUCAAAAACGGGGUGCACAUGCAAGACAAGUGCUUGAAAAAGUGGUUGUUUCACUGAUAAAUUGAGAAAGACGAAAGAGAAGCUAGAAAGAAAAGAGCUCUAACAAGGUGUGUGUGUGUGAAAAGAUGAACGCAAAGUGAAUGAUAACAGACAGAAACGGAAACAUUAAAGAUUCUGUCUUGCUGUGUAUACAUUUGGUGAGUUUGAAUAUUCGAAAACACAUUUAAAUAUAACGCCGCGGUAAAUAUAGAAAUAACUUCAUAUCCAUUAUAUGAUCGAGAGUACAAUAUUUCAAUGCAGAUAUCGGCAUGAGCAAAAUAAAACAACACUGCAAUAUAACACUGCAAAAAGACUCGCAAUCUUCACGAUAAGUCAGCAUAAUUUCUUAAGGAACGUCUGUCACAAUUUCUAGCUAAUGAAUAGUUUGGGGGCAAUCAAUAGUUACUUUUCUCCAGUCAAUUACGCGCCAGUGUUCUUUCUAACUGCGCGCAAUCAACACUUAUUGCGCAUACCUAAUUAAUGUGCAUAAACUGCCCAUUGCCCGAGCAAAAGAGAUAUUGGUCCAGUGUUACAACAAAAAGACACCGCAAUACGAGGAAAAAAACUAUGGUUUCUGAAAGCACUUUUUCUCACAUGUAACUGAAUUGAAACUACGAUCAGACAAACGCAUUAACUAUAUAGACUUGGUACAAGUCGACUCACAUUCUACUUAUUAUAUAUUAUUUAGCUCACUCCCCCUUGGGGCUUUUCAGUGACAGAUUACAUCAAGUAUUACGUUUACUUAUAUUACCUAUUUGGCUACUUAGCUUGGACUAUUUAUCUUUACAACAAUUGUGAUGUCACUUUCCUAAUUUUGUUUAUCCUAACCCGCCCUGUCAACUUUCCUUGUGGGAGGAAACCGGAGCACUCGCGGAGAAAAAAUGAGUCUUUUCACAUAAGUCCGUAGUGAGAAUCGAAGCCACGAACUCAAAGGUAAAAGACGCUGGUUCUGAUGACAGCGAGUGAGCAGAUAAAACAACUGGGUCGCACUUGAGCUUAAACCUCAUAAUACGAGUCAACGCAAGUCUACACUAACAACUGAGCAAUGCCUUGCGCAAUCAUGCGUAAUCAAUCAAAUGGUUAUUCCCUACGCUCCUAUUAGAAGCGGCGUAAUUGCUAAUUGCCUCGAGAACAUAGAAACCAUAUCGCCCCCGGACAUACUGAUAUCCAUUCAUAAAACAUCGACGGCAAAUAUUCACAAUCCUUUUAAAUCGAAACAAAAAUUAAUUGCAGCGCGUUCGCUUCAUGUAAUUGUGCAUUAGAAGAAUUAGCGAUAUAGCGAUCCCAUAUAUACAUAAUAGCGAAAUGCGUAAUUCGAAAAUACAUCUGCCGCUCAGAACUGUAUUUAAUGUGGGAGUUCUGAUCUGAUCUCGCCAGAACGACACAGGCGGAGUUUAAGAACAGCACUGUACUUGAACGAACAGGAAUCGAAAUAAAAUACAAUAAAAGGUAAGAAAUGUUUGUAAGAAGUUAAAAUCGCCUUGACCGUAUUGCAAGUGUAUUGAGAGCCAGGUGGCGGCUUUAGUAUUUCACUUUAGUCACAUCAUCGAAUGUGUAAACUUGACCUCAACUACAGAGAGUCAAUAGUUUCCUUAAUGUAGUGCCACUGCAGUUUACCAAACAAUGCAGGUUUUCCCCAGAAACUCUGAACCGAGAAGAGAUGAUCCUUACUGGACCUCCAGGGAACACUGUUUAGAACUGAUAGAGCUAUGCAAUAUCAAUAAAUUUAGGCUAGUUUAGACUAUGUCAGCCAAAAGAGGGAUGGCUCUUACUGGACCUCUACGAGAACAGUUUAGAACUGAUAGAGCUAUGCAAUAUAAAUAAAUUUACGCUAGUUUAGACUAUGUCAGCCAAAAGAGGAAUGGUCUUGCUGGACCUCUUAGGAGAACAGUUUAGAACUGAUAGAGCUGUGCACCAUAAAUAAAUUUAGGCUAGUUUAGACUAUGUCAGCCAAAAGAGGAAUGGUCUUGCUGGACCUCUUAGGAGAACAGUUUAGAACUGAUAGAGCUGUGCACUAUAAAUAAAUUUAGGCUAGUUUAGACUAUGUCAGCCAAAAGAGGAAUGGCUCUUACUGGACCUCUACGAGAACAGUUUAGAAUUGAUAGAGCUGUGCACUAUAAAUAAAUUUAGGCUAGUUUAGAAUAUGCCAGCCAAAAGAGGAAUGGCUCUUACUGGACCUCUACGAGAACAGUUUAGAACUGAUAGAGCUGUGCACUAUAAAUAAAUUUAGGCUAGUUUAGACUAUGCCAGCCAAAAGAGGAAUGGCUCUUACUGGACCUCUACGAGAACAGUUUAGAACUGAUAGAGCUGUGCACUAUAAAUAAAUUUAGGCUAGUUUAGACUAUGUCAGCCAAAAAAGGAAUGGUCUUGCUGGACCUCUACGAGAACAGUUUAGAACUGAUAGAGCUGUGCACUAUAAAUAAAUUUAGGCUAGUUUAGAAUAUGCCAGCCAAAAGAGGAAUGGCUCUUACUGGACCUCUACGAGAACAGUUUAGAACUGAUAGAGCUGUGCACUAUAAAUAAAUUAGGCUGGUUUAGACCUGUCGUCUUUCAAAAUGCUCACUGGACCUCUACGAGAACAGUUUAGAACUGAUAGAGCUGUGCAAUAUAAAUAAAUUUAGGCUAGUUUAGACUAUGUCAGCCAAAAGAGGAAUGGCUCUUACUGGACCUCUACGAGAACAGUUUAGAACUGAUAGAGCUGUGCACUAUAAAUAAAUUUAGGCUAGUUUAGAAUAUGCCAGCCAAAAGAGGAAUGGCUCUUACUGGACCUCUACGAGAACAGUUUAGAACUGAUAGAGCUGUGCACUAUAAAUAAAUUUAGGCUAGUUUAGACUAUGCCAGCCAAAAGAGGAAUGGCUCUUACUGGACCUCUACGAGAACAGUUUAGAACUGAUAGAGCUGUGCACUAUAAAUAAAUUUAGGCUAGUUUAGACUAUGCCGGGCAAAAAGAGGGAUGGCUCUUACUGGACCUCUACGAGAACAGUUUAGAACUGAUAGAGCUAUGCCUAUAUGCAAUAUAAAUAAAGAUCGUUUAGAUUAUGCUGGGCCAAAAGACAGGAAUGGCUCUUGCUGGACCUCUUAGGAGAACAGUUUAGAACUGAUAGAGCUAUCAAUAUAUAAAUACAGUUAGGCUAGUUUAGACUAUGCCAGGCCAAAAGAGGGAUGGCUCUUGCUGGACCUCUACGAGAACAGUUUAGAACUGAUAGAGCUAUGCCUAUAUGCAAUAUAAAUAAAGAUCGUUUAGAUUAUGCUGGGCCAAAAGACAGGAAUGGCUCUUGCUGGACCUCUUAGGAGAACAGUUUAGAACUGAUAGAGCUAUGCCUUUAUGCAAUAUAAAUAAAGAUCGUUUAGACUAUGCUGGGCCAAAAGAGAGGAAUGGUUGUUGCUGGAUCUCUUAGGAGAACAGUUUAGAACUGAUAGAGCUAUGCCUUUGCCUAUGCCUAUGCAAUAUAAAUAAAGAUCGUUUAGACUAUGCUGGGCUAAAAAAGGAAUGGUUCUUGCUAGACCUCUUACGAGAACAGUUACGAAUUCAUAGAGCUAUCCAGUAGAAAUAAAGUUAGUUUCGGACUAUAUAAAAAUCUACGUUGAUAUCAAAUCUACUUUGUUUUCUAGAUAUUAAUUAUGAAUAAAAAACUCACCAAUACACUACUCGUCACCAUUCUUCUAUCUUUCACUCUGAUACCUCACGGACACUCGCUCCAAGCAGAUGUUCAACGCGACACGAUGACGUCAAAGCCUAGUGUUGAGUCUCCACGCGGACGGUGGGUUGCGAGGUUGAUCUACGAAUGGAAAAGCAACAUGAACGAUAGAAGAGCGAAGAGACGUUGUGGACCACGAAUGACAGGAUCAUGGUCUACAUGCUUGUGAAACUCUGCCAUGAAUUUAACACACAUACAUUCUACUAAAUAAAAGUAUUUUAAACACUCUAACGCUAGAUUAAAUCUGGGAAAAUACCGAAUGAAUCCUUGUUGUAUUAAUAUAUGCAUUAAACUUAGAAUGAGCCAAGUGCUGUAUGUAAUAAAAAUAUUUCUGUUCUACUACAGACAUAAAUAAAAACACUUAAUUUGUAUUUGUUAAAUUGAAAAAACGAGAAAGUAUCGCGGAAAAUGAGAACACUUUUUCCGCCUCGUGCAAGUUGAAAGCUGCAUGUGCGUGUACAUCUUUAAACGUGGUGGUCCAGUGUAGGUAUAGUAUUUUUCAAUAAGCUGUCGUGGUUUGUGUCUGUGUACUAUUCUACAAUAAGCUGUCGUGGUUUGUGUCUGAACUAUACCUAUAAAAGAUAUCUCAAACGUGGUGGUCCAGUGUAGGUAGUAUUCUACAAUAAGCUGUCGUGGUUUGUGUCUGAACUACCUGAAAAAGAUAUCUCAAACGUGGUGGUCCAGUGUAGGUAGUAUUCUACAAUAAGUUGUCGUGGUUUGUGUCUGAAGUACCUGAAAAAGAUAUCUCAAACGUGGUGGUCCAGUGUAGGUAGUAUUCUACAAUAAGCUGUCGUGGUUUGUGUCUGAACUACCUGAAAAAGAUAUCUCAAACGUGGUGGUCCAGUGUAGGUAGUAUUCUACAUUAAGCUGUUGUAGUUUGUGUCUGAACUACAUGAAAAAGAUAUCUCAAACGUGGUGGUUCAGUGUAGGUAGUAUUCUACAAUAAGCUGUCGUGGUUUGUGUCUCAACCACUGAUCUAAUUAAAAAAGAUAUCUCAAACGUGGUGGUCCAGUGUAGGUAGAAUUCUACAAUAAGAUGUCGUGGUUUGUGUCUGAACUACCUGAAAAAGAUUAAAAACACUUCAAAGAAAGUUCCCUCAUUGGGAGGUUAGUAUAUAUAAGUCAGUUAAUGAAGAAGUUGUUUUAGUCAUUCUUGCUAACUCAUUGAGAUGAUCUGAUUUUCUGUCUACACGGUUUACAAAAUCAAUGUUAAACAUUAAUAAAACUACAUUUGACAAGAAAUCAACAAAGUCAAAUAAAAGAGGAAGUUAUUUUGUCAAAUACAUCUGUGACAGGAAGGCCAAGCGCGGCAUUUCUUUUCAUGUAAAUGUUACAUGGCCACACCUGCCUCGAGAGUCUUGCACCUGCCGCUAUAUCUUCCCAACGAAAUAUUCGAGACUCUGAACUGCCUGAAAACGAUAUCUCAAACGUGAGGUUCCAGUAUAGGUAUAGUAUUUCAAACGUAGGGGAGUAGUGCAGACAAUAUUCGACAAUAAGCUGCCAUCAUUUGCAUUUUGACAUACCCCAACGGUAACUUAAAAUUGGUAAUAAUUCUGCAAUUACAAAUCUUUACCGAAAGUCACAGAACACGGUAUAGCUUAUUCUAGAAUAUCAUCUAUACAUUGGUACCUCACGUUUGAGAUACCUCAGUAUACACAAUGUGAAACCAAGACAGCCUAUUGUAGAAUACUUUGUGUAGGUAAUGACGAUAAUAAGGAAACUGUGGAUUGGUAGGGAUAAAAGGGACAAGGGGAACUUUUGUCUGUGUUUCAGGUCAUUGUAGAAUACUACCUAUACACUGAAGCCCUGAGAUAUCUUCAAAAACACAUCAUGCUGUUUAUUUUAUUAUAUUAAAAACUUCCCCCAGACGUUUCCAGGGUACGAAAGGAAACGCAAAUCAAAUAAAACGCUUGGUUGAACUUAAACUAUCGAAUUAAAUUAAAAAUGAAGAGAAAUGCCAAUAACAUGAGUGACAUUACCUAAGCUUGAAAUUAUUAAUGUUUGCUUUGAUGUUUGUUUUAAAGCAGUCAGCAUUUCUGUAGCUCUUAUAAAAGACCUAAAGUGUGUUUAUUGCGAUCACACCCUUGGGAUAACAUUUGGAAGAAACCACAGAACAUUGAUCAACAUUUUCAAUCCAUUUUCAGUUUGAAACAGUAAGUAGUUUUCUUUUCUCAAACGUUCUCAUAAUGCUUUGUGUGUUUUAUGAGAUUAGUUAAGACGGUUCGUAACUUAAUCAUGUAUACGUUUUCAAUUUUCACUAUAUUGUUCAAAGAUUAAUUCAUAUUGUUAGUAACGGUUACAAAAUAUGAAUGCUUAUCACUGAAUAUACCCCGUUAUUAUCAUUGAAUAUGACCCUUUAUUAACAUUAUUAAACGUUUCCUAUGAUACUAAUUUAGUCUAAUACGAAAGUUAUUUACAUGCUCCUUUCAAAAAUUGGUUUUAGCUACCGUAUUUGUGUGAUCUGAAAGAGAUUAAAAACACCUCGAGGUUUAGUAUCGAGUUUCAAAGUUAGGAUCCUUUCCAUCAAAGCCAUUCGUCAGGCUAAUAUACCGCUAACUAUAAUUCCUGACCAAGCGCACUCCGCUGCCGCAAACCUCCAGGCACAGUGCCUUCUCUAGAAACGUCGAAAUGUUCGUACACAUUCUCAGGUAGUUCAGACACAAACCACGGCAGAUUAUUGUAGAAUACUACCUACAUGCACUGGACCACCACGUUUGAGAUAUCUUUUUCAGGUAGUUCAGACACAAACCACGACAGCUUAUUGUAGAAUACUACCUACACUGGACCACCACGUUUGAGAUAUAUUUUUCAGGUAGUUCACACACAAACCACGGCAGAUUAUUGUAGAAUACUACCUACACUGGACCACCACGUUUGAGAUAUCUUUUUCAGGUAGUUCAGACACAAACCACGACAGCUUAUUGAAUAAAAUGUUAACUAUAUUCGGAGUGUCUAUUGUUUUGUUCUUUUUAAAAUUAUUGUAGAAUACUACCUACACUGGACCACCACGUUUGAGAUAUCUUUUUCAGGUAGUUCAGACACAAACCACGACAGAUUAUUGCCCCCGCAGGGUUUUGGCCCCAGAGGGCCAAAACCCGAGGAGGCAUAUAUUGAAGUCCCCGGACGUAAUAGUGUAAUAUGAUAUCAGUGUAUACAUACGGUGUAUACCAGAGGCAGAGAAAUUUAAGUUUUUAGGUUUUCGCCCGCAAAGCAUUGGUGGGUAAUAUCAAUGCUUUGCGGGUAAUAUCGCAAAACAUUGGGGGUAUUGAAGUCCCCGCACAUAAUAUGAUAUAAGUUGAUGCAAAUAUAAAUCAAGCAUGAAUUGUUAAAGCUAUCAAGAUUAGAAGCAAUUAGUUUAUAUAUUACAGUAAAAGGCCACAAGUUUAAAAGGUGAGGGUUCAAAUUUUAUUAUAAAAAGCAAGUAAAUUAUUGGCGUAGUGCCGUAGCUGCGCAAGUUUAAAAGGUGAGGGUUCAAAGGUUGCGUUGCUUUCUGUAAGAAUUAUUAUUCGCUUGGGUCAACACCUUGUCAAACGGCAUUUUAUUUCUGUGGUCUGUUUUACGUGUCUAUUAAUUAAUAGACUUGUGAGGUACGUUGUUACUAUCAUUUGUUGGUGAAGGAGUUGAUCCGUCAAAUAACGAAAACAGUAACGCAAAUUAAAAACUCCGUCUAUCAAGAUUCUAUCAAGUAUCAACUAUACGAUUUUUCAGACACAUUAAUCAAAACAGGAACCAAAAGACUUGGUUCACACAUCAGUCAGUCAAAAACAAAUACAAAUAUAAAAAAUUGAGCAAAUCUUAACACACAAUGGUCACAUUAUAAACGUUUGUAACAAGGGACUCAUAUAGUCAUUGUUCCAUUAUAUUGAAAAGCGCCAUUCCUUCAGCCGGAUAGACGCACACGGAUCAAGUUACACGUGGUUCACUUUUAAAGUUCGUCCAAUUUUAUCAAUCUUCUAAGCGUUUUGAAAGAAAGCCAAAAAGUAGUAAUAACAUUUUGUAAAUUACCAUAAGGCAUGAUCAUUUUUAAUUUUUAAUAACAGCUAGUUAGUACACCAUGAUCAGCCGGGGGCAGUUUUAGUGUAAACUAUUUCUAGUUGUAGAAUACUAACUACACUGGACCACCACGUUUGAGAUAUCUUUUUCAGGUAGUUCAGACACAAAGCACCUACUGUACACUGGAUACCCAGAUUGUGUAUAAGUAAGUUUAGUCUUCUACACUGAAUCCAAGAUUAAAUAAAAAUUUUCUCGUAUACAGAACCCAAAUGGCUGGCUAUCGAGUUAUCUUAUUCGCUCUUUUGGCAAUUACUGUAUUAUCCAUCUCAGAAAUCCAGGCUCGUCCUCGACUAACACGUGACGUGUUGGCUGAAUUUGAGAAUAGCUAUGACGCCAUGAAUAAAAACGAAGAAUUGUCCAACUUUCCGAACGAUUACGAAGACGAGGCGAAUGAUUACGAAGACGAGGCGAACGAUUACGAAAACAUCCCGAAAGCAGCUGGGUGUAACACGCCAAUGGGUGGAUGGUUUUGUUAA